AAUAAAGUAAUAUUUGCAUUCUAAAAAAAAUCACAAGCUAAGUCUCUUCAAAGGUGAAAGAGAUGGAGAAUACAUUAUCUCCAUUUAGGGGAAUUAAGAGUGAUAUUCAAGGAAGACUUGCAUGCUAUAAGGAAGAUUGGAUAAAUGGUUUCAAAAAUGGGGUUGCGAUACUUACUCCUGCCAUAUCUAUCUUUUUUGCUUCUGCUCUUCCUGCUAUUGCUUUUGGAGAGUUAUUGAACAAGAAAACAGGGGGAAAAGUGAAUUCAGUACAAACAUUUUGUUCGGCCGCAAUAUGUGGGUUGAUACAUACAAUAUUGGGAGGACAACCACUUCUAAUACAAGGAGUUGCGGAGCCAACUGUUCUUAUGUAUACCUUUUUGUAUAAUUUUUCAAAAGGAAAAGACGAUCUUAAACCUCUCUUCAUGCCUUGGAUUGGGUGGGUAUGCGUAUGGACAGCUCUAUUGCUACUACUAUUAGCAAUAUUUAAUGCAUGUACACUCAUUGAUCUAUUCACUAGAAUAGCUGAAGAACUUAUUGAAAUGCUAAUUGCUGUUCUCUUCAUCCAAGAGGCUAUCAAGGGAAUUAUAAGUGAAUUUCAUGUACCAAAAGGGAAGGAUGAUCCAAACAAUAAGGCCUACCAAAGUGAGUGGCUUUACUCAAAUGGAGUACUUGCAAUAUUAUUCUCUCUCGGCCUUAUUUAUACUGCUUUCAAGACUAGAAAGGCUAGAUCAUGGUGGUAUGGACCAGGUUGGAUGAGGAAUUUUAUAGCGAAUUUUGGAGUUCCUAUGUUAGUAGUAGUUUGGGCAGGAUUGUCAUAUGCAGUUCCUAGCAAAGUUCCAUCUGGAGUUCCUAGAAGGUUGUUUAGUCCUCAUCCUUGGCAUUCUGGCGAAUCUUGGACUAUUGCUACUGAAAUGGGUGAAGUGCCAACAAAAUACAUAUUUGGUGCAUUCAUACCAGGUUUAAUGAUGGCAAUACUUUUCUUUUUCGAGCAUAAUGUGGCUUCAAAGAUGGCACAACAAAAGGAUUUCAACCUUAAGAAUCCUUCUGCAUACCAUUAUGACAUCUUUCUUCUUGCUUUUAUGACAUUGCUUUGUGGGUUGCUUGGACUCCCUCCGUCUUAUGCCCUUCUACCUCAUUCUCCUAUGCACACCAAAAGCCUGGCAGUACUGAAAAGACAAUUAAUCCGAAGAAAAAUGGUGGAAAGUGCCAAAGAAAGCAUACAUAAACAUGCUAGUAACAUUGAAAUUUACGGCAACAUGCAAGCUGUUUUCCUAGAAAUGGAUCGAACCAAAUCGACACAUAGAGUUGUCAAAGAGCUAGAAAACUUGAAGGAUGUAGUGAUGAAAGGAAUAAGUGAUGGGAAUGCAACAUUUGAUCCAGAAAAGCACAUUGAAAAUUAUUUACCAGUUCGAGUUAAUGAACAAAGAUUGAGCAAUUUACUGCAAUCCCUUCUCCUUGCUGCUUCCGUUUUCGCCAUGCCGGCUCUCAAGCGUAUUCCAUCUUCGCUUCUUUGGGGAUAUAUUGCAUACAUGGCCAUUGAUAGUCUUCCUGGUAACCAGUUUUGGGAAAGAUUGAGACUUCUCCUUGUUAGUAAAAGUAGAUUUUACAAAGUCUUGGAACAGAAGCAUGCUUCAUUUGUGGAAACAGUGCCAUACAUAUACAUUUUGGGGUUCACGCUAUUCCAAUUAGUAUACUUACUCAUUUGCUAUGGCAUGACUUGGAUACCCUUAGUUGGAAUAAUCUUCCCUUUACCAUUUGUCCUACUUAUAAUCAUAAGGCACCUUAUAUUGCCCAAGUUUUUUGAACCACGUUACUUGCAUGAACUAGACGCUCAUGAGUAUGAGGAAGUUCUAGGCGCUUCAAGGCGUUCUAUUCAUGGCGUAUCAUUUUCUUUCAGGGAAGGAGUGAUUAGUCAAUAUAAUGACAAUGAAGAAGAAACCGAAGAGGAAUUUACAGAUUUUGAAUUGUUAGAUGAAUUAACAACUAAUAGAGGAGAAGUAAUAAAGAUUAGAACUAUGAGUUUUCAUAGCGAAAGAUGGACUCCAAAUGGUGCAUGUCAAUCCACUCUUCCUAGACCUAUGAGCAUGAGACAUGACAAACACUUCAAGGUCCAAGUCCAUCCCGGAGAUAUUGUAUGAAUGAAGUUCUGAUGGGACUACUAAAAGACGAUAUCGCACGAACAGAAUAAUGCAGCGAGCAGAGAUUACUGCUGAGGAAGUUACUUCAUGCAAUAUAAUGCAUGCUAACCAUGGUUAAAGUUUUUGAUAGGAAAAUGAAGAAUUAUGCUAUAAAAGCAUAUAUAAUAAAAGUAUACUUGAUAUCUAUAUAGUACUUUUAAAUCUAAUUAUUUAUCAUCAAUUGUCAUGUUGUUGUACUCAAAAAGAAUGAACUAUAACAAAUUAGUAGACAAUUAAUUAUAAUGUUUCACUAUUUAAUUUCUUUAUU